AUGCUGCUGCUCUCUCCCAUCACCUUGAUAGCAGCAGCAGCUCUGCUAUGUGCCAUCCACUUGAUCCGGUGCAUCAGAUCCCCAUUGAGUAAAAUCCCAGGCCCGAAAUUGUCCAAGUUUACUUCUCUGGUUCUCAAGUGGAAGGAGAUCAAGGCUCUCCGGACAGUCUACAUUCACCAGCUUCACCAGCAAUAUGGGCCCGUCGUCCGCAUCGCCCCCAAUGAGGUCUCGUUCACAUCUUGGGAAGCCUUGAAGGAGAUAUACUGCUCCGGAGGCAGCGGCUAUGACAAGACGGAAUUUUACGACCUGUUCAAGAUAUACGGGAGGAGGACCAUGUUCACCACACUGAACAAGGCUGAUCAUGCCAAACGUAAAAGGAUUCUCGCCGACCGUUAUGCCAACAGCAACAUCAUGAAGAGCGCCUCAGUCACAGGAGUCCAGGAGCGGUCCUCCAAGUUUGUUCGACGCUGCGUUUCUGCUCCAGGAGGUGUAUCCGACAUCUUUGUAAAUCGUCUCAUCUCACACUACGCCCCUACUUUGCACCGUCUAUUCUCAAGGGUGUUGUAUCUAUUUGCAAAGCCCCGGGAAACCCCCCUAGCCGAUGACUAUGUGCUGGAGACGAGCCAGCUAAGUGGCACGGCGCCAUUCACUCUCAUGAGCCGCUUUGACGAAAAGACGGGCGACCUCGAUUACAUUGACAAAGCAGCGGAGUGUCUCGACCACAUGGCGGCGGGCAUCGACACCACGGGCGACGGGCUGUGCUUCCUCAUGUGGGAGCUGUCGCAGCCACGCUCGCUCGGGAUCCAGCGCAAACUGGCCGAAGAGCUCCGGACGAACCCGGACACGCCCUUUGACAAGCUCCCGUUCCUCGAUGCCGUCGUCUGCGAGGGUCUGCGGUGCUUCCCGCCGAUCCCAAUGUCGCUGCCGCGCUAUGUCCCUCAGGGCGGCCGCUCCAUUGAUGGCUUCUGGCUGCCCGGGAAGACGAUUGUGAGCUGCCAGGCGUAUUCGGUUCAUCGACUCAACAGCGAGAUAUUCCCUGAUGGCGACGUGUUCAACCCUGAACGCUGGCUGGAGCUCGAUGGAGAUGCAGACCGCAGGCGGAUUCAGUUUGCCUUUUCCAACGGAGGAAGGGGCUGCGUCGGGAAACAUUUGGCCCUCAUCGAGAUGAAGACACUGCUGCGGGAUGUUUAUUCCAGGUACAGCACGACGCCGCAUGAGUCCAUGCAGGAGGAGGCCAUGGCCAUGUCGGAUCAGCUCAUCUCGGCACGACCACUGGGACAGAAGUGCCUUUUGCGAUUCCACGCUCUUGACGCAAUGUAA